GCAAGGCUCAGGCUAAGGGUAACAAGUUUAAGUCCAACCAAUCCCGACCUAAAUUAUGUCCGGCUCGAGUUUUGAACAGGUUCCAUCGAGACGGAAAGCACAAUUUUAGUCUUUUUAGAGAGCACGAGAUCAUGUCUGCUUAAGAAAAAAACAUGAAGGGUCUAUUCUGCCUAUUAGGGAAAAUAUUAGAGGAAUGUUCGACUUUUUUUCAUUUUUCUUAAUAUGAUUCUUAAUCAAAUUUAAGCAGGCGGAUUCGGUUCUGAUUCAGAAAUUUUCCGACUUUAAGCAAGCAAGGGUUUUACAUCUCCUCAAUACGAUAGCAUAGAAGAUGCUGAUAAAACAUUGCCAGUUUUAAAAGCCUGGACCUGGUUGCCUGCUGUGCAAUCUUAGCAAGCCAAAGAACAAUAUUUCACUGCCCAGAACGGUAGCUUUCUGGGGUUCAGAGCAGGAAAGAAAAGAAAUGAAGAUAGUAACAUACAACGUGAAUGGCCUUAGGCAACGCAUUUCCCAAUUUGGGUCUCUCCUCAAAUUGCUCAAUUCUUUCGAUGCCGACAUCAUUUGCUUUCAGGAGACUAAAUUGAGAAGACAAGAACUAACAUCGGAUUUAGUAAUUGCUGAUGGUUAUGAAUCCUUCUUUUCUUGCACUCGUACUAAUGAGAAAGGCCGCACUGGCUAUUCCGGCGUUGCUACUUUCUGCCGCGUGAAGUCUGCAUUUUCAAGUAGUGAAGUGGCAUUGCCUGUUGGAGCAGAGGAAGGAUUCACUGGUCUUGUGGAUUGUUCCAGAAAUGGAAAACAUGAAAUGCCAGUAGUAGCACAAGGUCUUGAGGAGUUUGAUAAAGAUGAGCUUCUUAAGAUCGACAGCGAGGGACGGUGUAUAAUCACUGAUCAUGGCCAUUUUGUUCUUUUCAAUUUAUAUGGGCCUCGGGCAGAAAGUGAUGAUACAGAGAGGAUACACUUUAAGCUUUUGUUCUAUAAUAUAUUACAGAAAAGAUGGGAGAGUCUGCUACAGCAGGGAAGGAGAAUAUUCGUUGUUGGUGAUCUGAACAUUGCUCCAACUGCCAUGGAUCGUUGCGACGCUGAUCCAGAUUUUGAAAAGAAUGAGUUCAGAAUAUGGUUUAGAUCCAUGCUAGUGAAGUCUGGAGGCCCCUUUUUUGAUGUUUUCAGAUCAAAACAUCCUGACAGAAGAGAAGCAUAUACAUGCUGGCCAUCAAAUACUGGUGCUGAACAAUUUAAUUAUGGGACUAGAAUUGACCAUAUUCUUUGUGCUGGACCAUGCUUGCAUCAAGAGCAUGAUUUUCAAGUUCAUGAUUUCGUAAGUUGUCAUAUGAAGGACUGUGACAUAUUAAUAGAUUAUAAACGCUGGAAACCUGGAGAUACAAUGAGGUGGAAGGGAGGUUGGGGCACGAAGUUGGAAGGUUCUGAUCAUGCUCCAGUUUAUACAAGUUUGGUAGAAAUCCCUGAUAUCCCCCAACAUGGAACUCCGUCUUUAUCUGCUAGAUAUCUUCCCAUGAUUCAUGGAUUCCAGCAGACACUUGUGUCUGUCCUAAUGAAAAGACAAGCUUCUACCCAGGUAUCAAGUUCAUUUUCAGAUGGAAAUGUUACUAUAAAGGCAUGCAACGAAAGCAUAAAAGGAUUGUACAAUAACUGCAAUAUAUCUGGUCACUCUGCAAGUGACUCGUCUUGUGCGACUAAAGAUUCUGAUGGAGCCAUUUUGAGGAUGGAAAAGCAUUGCAAAGAUUUCUCUGAUCAGACUUGUUCCGACAGCACAAUUAUGUUGCAAAGUAGGCAUAUUAAUUCAAUGCAUACUGAGGGAACCAAGAAAAAAGCAAGAAAAAGUCAAUGUUCCCAGCUCUCACUAAGGUCAUUUUUCCAGAGAACCCCAAACACUAGAAGUGGCGCCGAAAACACUGCUCUGGAUAUUUCACAUUCUCAGGAAAAUGUGUCAAACUCUAAUAGUCCCCCAAGUGAAACCGCUUCACAGGAUGACCAUAACAACACUCCUGGACAUUGUGGACUGAACUCAAGCUCAGGCACUCAGGAUCAGGAUGAGAUCAAUAAUGGUCCUUCAGAGAAAGAGAAAAAUAAUGUCGCUUUAUUGGAGUGGCAAAGAAUACAGCAACUCAUGCAAAAUAGCAUACCUCUUUGCAAGGGCCAUAAGGAACCAUGUGUUUCUCGGAUAGUGAAGAAACCAGGUCCUACUUGUGGCCACAGGUUUUAUGUCUGUGCUCGAGCUGAGGGGCCUGCAUCUAAUCCUGAAGCAAAUUGUGGUUACUUUAAAUGGGCUUCAUCAAAAUCCCGACAGAAGUGAUUAUGCAGACGAUGAUUUUUGCACUUGCAUUAUAGGUAAGCUAAUUUGAAUUUUCUUGUAUAUUUUUUAUCGUUCCUAUUCGUCUCAUUGUAGUCCUUUUCUUCAAAGUAUAGCUACUGCAGUUCUGGAACUGCUUUGGCUGAGCAUAGAGCAUCAGCUUGUAUUUCUUCUGUAUUGUCAUAAGAAUUAGGUUAAAUAUUUCCUUAUGUUGGAAGUAAUCUUCUUCCUUCUAAUGCCUUCUCUUUGCAUUUUUUACUUGUUACUUAUUCCUGAGACUCAAUCCUGUUGGUAGAAAACUACUUAACAAGAGGCUCGAGAGAACCAAGGAAAUUGAGGCAUCUUGUAUUGCCUUGAGAACUAGCUCUGCUUACCAAACUUUUUCUUCUUCAA